CGUCUUCAAUCCCCCCCUCUUCGUCUCUCCGACACCCUUUCACCAUGUUAUCCUCCUUCCUUAGCCAGGGAGCAGCCGUAUCCCUCGCGUUAUUGUCGCUGCUCCCUUCGCCUGUAGCCGCAGAGAUCUUCGAGAAGCUGUCCGGCGUCCCCAAUGGCUGGAGAUAUGCCAACAAUCCUCACGGCAACGAGGUCAUUCGUCUUCAAAUUGCCCUUCAGCAGCACGAUGUUGCCGGUUUCGAACAAGCCGUGAUGGACAUGUCCACCCCCGGUCACGCCGACUAUGGAAAACAUUUCCGCACCCAUGAUGAGAUGAAACGCAUGCUGCUCCCCAGCGACACUGCCGUCGACUCAGUUCGCGACUGGCUGGAAUCCGCCGGGGUCCACAAUAUUCAGGUCGACGCCGACUGGGUCAAGUUUCAUACCACCGUCAACAAGGCCAAUGCCUUGCUGGAUGCCGACUUCAAGUGGUAUGUCAGCGAGGCCAAGCACAUUCGUCGUCUACGCACCCUGCAAUACUCCAUCCCCGACGCCCUGGUCUCGCACAUCAACAUGAUCCAGCCCACCACUCGCUUUGGCCAGAUCCAGCCGAACCGUGCCACGAUGCGCAGCAAGCCCAAGCACGCCGACGAGACAUUCCUGACCGCAGCCACCCUGGCCCAGAACACCUCCCACUGCGACUCCAUCAUCACACCGCACUGUCUGAAGCAGCUCUACAACAUCGGUGACUACCAGGCCGAUCCCAAGUCCGGUAGCAAGGUCGGCUUCGCCAGUUACCUCGAAGAAUACGCCCGGUAUGCCGAUCUCGAAAGGUUCGAGCAGCACCUGGCUCCCAACGCCAUCGGCCAGAACUUCAGCGUCGUUCAAUUCAACGGCGGCCUCAACGACCAGCUUUCAUUGAGCGACAGCGGCGAAGCCAACCUCGACCUGCAGUACAUCCUGGGCGUCAGCGCUCCCGUCCCGGUCACCGAAUACAGCACUGGCGGACGCGGCGAACUCGUCCCCGACCUGAGCUCCUCGGACCCCAACGACAACAGCAACGAGCCCUACCUUGACUUCCUCCAGGGUAUCCUCAAACUCAACAAUUCCGACCUCCCCCAGGUCAUCUCUACCUCCUACGGCGAAGACGAACAGACCAUCCCCGUCCCCUACGCCCGCACGGUCUGCAACCUCUACGCCCAACUCGGCAGCCGCGGCGUCUCCGUGAUCUUCUCGAGCGGCGACUCCGGCGUCGGCGCCGCCUGCCUCACCAACGACGGCACCAACCGCACCCACUUCCCUCCUCAAUUCCCCGCCUCCUGCCCCUGGGUAACCUCCGUCGGUGCCACCAGCAAAACCUCCCCUGAACAAGCCGUCUCCUUCUCCUCGGGCGGCUUCUCCGACCUCUGGCCCCGCCCCUCCUACCAACAGGCUGCCGUCCAAACCUACCUCACCCAGCACCUGGGCAACAAGUUCUCAGGCCUCUUCAACGCCUCCGGCCGCGCCUUCCCCGACGUCGCCGCGCAGGGCGUCAACUACGCCGUCUACGACAAGGGCAUGCUUGGCCAGUACGAUGGAACCAGUUGCUCCGCGCCGACAUUCAGUGGUGUCAUUGCCUUGUUGAAUGAUGCGAGAUUGAGAGUGGGUUUGCCUGUUAUGGGAUUCUUGAACCCUUUCCUUUAUGGUGUGGGUAGUGAGAGCGGCGCAUUGAAUGAUAUUGUGACGGGCGGAAGUGUGGGUUGUGAUGGUAGGAAUCGGUUUGGAGGCACGCCCAAUGGAAGUCCCGUUGUGCCGUUUGCUAGUUGGAAUGCGACCACUGGGUGGGAUCCAGUUUCUGGGCUGGGAACGCCGGAUUUUGCGAAGUUGAGGGGUGUGGCGUUGGGUGAAGCGAAGGCGUAUGGUAAUUAAGGGUGAGAUUGGGGAAGAUAUUUUCUUUUCGUUGUGAAUAUUAGGUCAAUUGUGUGGAUAAUUUUCAUACAUAAUUCUUCAAACUGUGAUAAUCUGGAAGAGGUGUUUGAUGAGCAUGAUUUGUUUAUGUGAGCUGUUUGUAGUGUAUAACGAAUUAUUAAUUGAGUGGAGGGUAUUAAAGAACUAAAAUUAUAUACAAAGGUUAA